AUGGAGGCGCGCUCUUCCGGCGGCGGCGCUCCGGUAGCCGGCGGCGCGGUGCGGCGGGGAGGCACGAGCGCGAGCCCGCGCAUGGAGGCGCUGGGUGCGGUCGGCGGCGGCGGGCACCGGCAGAUGCAGGGUGAUCCGCUGCAUCUCACGCCCGCGGCCCACCGUGGCUUUCGGCUGCGUUGGGAGCGGUGGUCCAUCCCCGCUCCUCCGGGGCUGGCGGAACGGCGGAGCGGCGCUCUGGUCAGGUUCCUCUGCUUCGAGGGCGGCGCGUGGGCUGAUGUCGAGGGCAAGUCGGCUGUGCCUCUGCGCCGGGCGUUCCUGGACGGGAGGGUGGUCGCAGAGGCCGUGUAUGGCGGCAGGGAGUUCCUGUUCGACGCUGGCACUGCCGAGGAGGUCGCCAUGGGCUGGAUUGAUGACCGCGGGGCCGGCUUCUUCCCUGUGCCAGAGAGCGGGAGGAAGAGGAAGAGGGGCGAGCCUGAGCUGGAGGACGGGGCGUCGUCCGGGGUGGAUGAGAGAAAAUUAAGAAAAAUAAGGCAUGAAGAGAGCGGGAGGAAGAGGAAGAGGGGCGAGCCUGAACUGGAGUACGGGGCCUCGUCUGGGGUGAAUGACAGGUCCGACGAGAGCAGCGACACGGUGGAGCCCGGCAGGCGGGAUAGCCCCCGGGUGGGCGGCGGCGUGGCCAUCACGGCGGUGCACAAGGUCGUGCAGGGUCCCCGGUCCAGGGCGUUCCAAAUGCAGGGCCAGCUCCUAGCUGCUGCGCGCGGCGCUGACGGGGGCAAUGCUAAGUUCGCGUGGUAUGGCGCUCCGUUGGCAGACGUGGCCGCGGCGGUGGAGCACGGGUUCGGCAGGACGAACAGCCGGGUCCUUGGCAAUCGCGCGCACGGCAACGACGUCCACCUCUCGCUGCCUCAGUCUCCUUAUGCCAGCGCAAUGCUAGCAAAUGCAGAUGAGAACGGCGAGGCGCAUAUCGUGCUGUGCCGUGUUCUGAUGGGCUGGCCAGAGGCCAUCCCAGCCGGGUCCUCCAAGCUCCACCCCAACAGUGACAAUUACGACAGUGCCGCCGACAACAUGCAGAACCCACAGUGGUAUGUUAUUUGGGGCAAGGACAUGAACAUGAGGAUUCUCCCAGAGUAUGUCGUCAGCUUCAAGUGUCCCAGCCUCCAUCAGAUGCAAGGAUCAUCCGGAGCGACCUCCAUGCUAAAGAAGCCUUCGCCAGUGGCUCGUGACAUGUUUCCGACGCUUCUAGCAGAGAUCCAGUGGUUCGUGCCAUCUUCCAAGCUGCAGAUAUUGCAGGGGACCUACAAUCGCUUCAAGGUAGACAACGAUCAAUAUGAGAGGGUGCUCAGCUACAUAUUGAUCCUUGUCAAUUCUGUACAAAUUUACUAA